AGUGUCUUGGGAAGAUGUUUAGUGUCUGAUAGAUUCAGACACUUGUGGGUGGAAUUGAUUUUUUAAAAUCUAUUUCAGUUGGGAUUUAGGUCUUGAUUUGGAAUUCAGUUUAUCUUAAUUCCCCAGUGGGGUGACCUUUGCUAAGAGACAUUAUCCUGGACAUCUCAGAAGCUUUCGGUGCUAAUGACCAUGGUAUACUGGAGAAGUUAUGUGAAUUAGCUGUGAGUGGUUCUAUUUCCUGAAGAUGCUGUUAGGGGAUUUCUGCUUGAGCCAUGGCAUUUUUGGUUUCAGGUCUCUUAUGGUUCUGUCUCAUCUUUUUGAUAUUUGCUAAUGGCACAUAAUUCUGUCUCUUUUUAGCAGAUCUAGUUGCUAAAAUGUGAUGAAAGUACAAAAUUACCUGGAUGGGCUAAUGGACAGAAUGAAGGCUAGUAGAUUGAAGCUCUAUCCAAAUAAGGCAGAGAUACCUUUGGUUGGUGAUUUGUUUGUCUGAGUAAUAUUCAGCCUAUCCUAGCAGGCUUUGUACAUUUUGGGUGCUUAUACUUCUGUCUCUGUUAUUAAAGGUGUACAUGUCUUCUGAGGUGCAAACCCUUUUCACCAGUUUAGGGUGCUAGAGAUAGCCUGGCUUCACUGAGACAAGCCCUGAUAACAUCUUACAUAGAAUACUGCAGUUCAUUGUAUGAAGAAGCUGACCUUGAAGAUGUUUGGGAACCUCCUGUUGAAGCUUGUGGGAAAGGUGGCUUGUUUCAUUAUGUGUGCGUCAGUCAAAUAUAACACUCGGGGUCCAGCCCUCAUCCCAAGAAUGAAGACCAAACACCGCAUCUACUACAUUGCUCUGUUUUCUAUUGUGCUGCUGGGCCUCAUUGCCACAGGCAUGUUCCAGUUCUGGCCACACUCUAUAGAGUCCUCAAAUGAAUGGACAGUUGAAAAGCGCAGCAUUCAUGAUGUACCUGUAGUCAAGAUUCCUGCGGACAGUGCAAUCCCAGAACGUGGAGACCUCAGCUGCAGGAUGCACACAUGUUUUGAUGUUUACCGCUGUGGCUUCAACCCCAAAAAUAAGAUCAAGGUCUAUAUUUAUUCUCUAAAGAAGUAUGUGGAUGAAUACGGCAUGCCAGUCAGUCAUACCAUUUCCAAGGAAUACAAUGAACUGUUAACUGCAAUCUCUGACAGUGACUUCUACACAGAUGAUGUCAACCGUGCCUGUCUCUUUGUGCCAUCCAUUGACGUGCUGAACCAGAACACCCUCCGCAUUAAGGAAACAGCCCAAGCUUUGGCGCAACUAUCACGUUGGGUUCGAGGAACAAAUCAUCUCUUAUUCAACAUGUUGCCUGGAGGACCACCUGACUACAACACAGCACUAGAUGUUCCAAGGGACAGAGCUUUGUUGGCAGGAGGAGGCUUUUCUACAUGGACCUACCGGCAAGGAUAUGAUGUCAGUAUUCCUGUUUACAGUCCACUUUCUGCAGAGGUUCAACUGCCAAGUAAAGGACUGGGUCCCCGCAGGUACUUUCUUCUAUCAUCUCAAAUGGCUCUGCAUCCUGAAUACCGUUCUGAAUUAGAGGCUCUUCAAGCUGGAAAUCCAGAAUCUGUGCUAGUUGUAGACAAGUGUACCAACCUCUCAGAGGAAGUCCCUUUCAUUCGUAAGCGUUGCCACAAGAAUCAGAUAUUUGAUUACCCUCAGGUGCUUCAGGAAGCCACAUUUUGUGUGGUUCUGCGAGGAGCCCGCUUGGGACAAGCUGUACUGAGUGAUGUACUUCAGGCUGGUUGCAUCCCUGUUAUCGUAGCCGAUUCGUAUAUCUUGCCUUUCUCUGAAGUUCUGGACUGGAAAAGGGCUUCUGUGGUGAUACCUGAAGAAAAGAUGUCUGAAAUGUACAGCAUUCUGCAAAGCAUACCCCAACGACAGAUUGAGGAAAUGCAGAGACAGGCAAGGUGGUUCUGGGAAGCUUACUUUCAAUCAAUGAAAGCUAUUGCUUUGACAACCCUCAAGAUUAUCAAUGACAGGAUCUACCCAUAUGCUGCAACAUCGUAUGAAGAAUGGAAUGAUCCACCAGCAAUUAAAUGGAGCAGUGUGAGCAAUCCACUUUUUCUUCCACUCAUCCCUCCUCAGUCACAAGGGUUCACCGCUAUUGUCUUGACCUAUGAUCGGGUUGAGAGUCUGUUUAGAGUUAUCACUGAAGUCUCAAAGGUGCCAAGCCUUUCCAAGUUGCUAGUAGUUUGGAACAACCAGAAUAAAAUUCCCCCAGAAGAAGCUGUUUGGCCCAAAGUUCGAGUUCCAUUAAAGGUUGUACGGACCACAGAAAACAAACUGAGUAACCGCUUCUUCCCUUACGAUGAGAUCGAAACAGAAGCAGUACUGGCCAUUGAUGAUGACAUAAUCAUGUUGACGUCAGAUGAACUUCAAUUUGGUUACGAGGUAUGGAGAGAGUUUCCUGACAGACUGGUUGGAUAUCCUGGUCGCCUGCAUUUGUGGGACCAUGAAACAAACAAAUGGAAGUAUGAGUCAGAGUGGACCAAUGAAGUUUCAAUGGUGCUUACAGGGGCAGCAUUUUACCAUAAGUAUUUUAACUACUUGUACACCUACAAAAUGCCUGGAGAUAUUAAGAACUGGGUGGAUGCUCACAUGAAUUGCGAAGACAUUGCCAUGAAUUUUCUAGUGGCCAAUGUUACAGGGAAAGCAGUCAUUAAGGUGACCCCCAGAAAGAAAUUCAAGUGUCCUGAAUGCACAGCCAUAGAUGGAUUAUCGCUAGAUCAGACACACAUGGUGGAAAGGUCUGAGUGCAUUAACAAGUUUGCUUCUGUCUUUGGUACAAUGCCUCUGAAAGUGGUGGAGCACCGGGCAGAUCCAGUCUUGUAUAAAGAUGACUUCCCUGAAAAACUGAAGAGUUUUCCUAACAUUGGAAGCUUGUAAAGAAUAACCACAAAGCAAAUUGGAUAUUGAAAUUCAGUAAAGAAACAUCUGUUGGUGCUGAGAAAGGCUUCAGACCUUGGAUAAAUUUGCAAGGAGGUAUUGCGAGUAGAAGAGGCAGAGACUAAUGUUCCAGCUCUGUUAUAAUUCAUGCGUCUUACACAGAGCACAAGACUCUUGAUACAGGGCAAAGCAGUGCUGCAAUCUUACUAGAUGUGCCUACUGAAAUGCCAGAUAAAUAUUUAUUUGAUCCACAGAGAUUACAUGCAAAGAAAAGCACAUGAUAGUCUAUGCCUCACACUCAACAGAAUUUUCUUUCCACUUCUUAGUGCUGCUGGUUGUCACUUAACUCUCUUGUGAAACCCAUUGCUGGGCCCUUUGUGAGCCAUUUUCUGUGUUUUGGUUUUCUUUUGCACAAAUUCCACCUGUCCCUUUUGUACAAGGCUAGCUUGCUUGCAUCCACAAAGAUUCAUGAUUAGCAUUAAGUCUACUAGAAAUAGGUUGGCCUUUUCGCUCAAUGAGAUUAAGAAAGAAAAUAGCUUGACAUUGGGUACAAGAAAACAUGUCUUUGGAGUAAUAUAAAGGAGAGGCUAAUUCAUUCUUUUUUUCACACAGAUGUACACAUUUCACAUUUUUCAUCAUACUCAUGGACAAGAAAGUGUAUGGUUGACCAUAUUCAGAAUCCCACACUUUUUAAAUAUGUGCAGUGAAUAUUUCAAUCCUGGGAUUUUUUGAUAUCUCUGUGCCCUUUCUUUACCAUGCAGGAAUAUUUUGCAGUACAGAUAUACGUGGUCAUAAACUAGCACAAUAAAAAAAACUUGUUGGUACUUUGGAGCUCUGUUUAGUAAGCAACCUAUAGUGUUCAGAUUCUGAAUCGCACUUUACAAUUGGAUUGCAUUUGUGAGCAAUACAUCAGUGCCUGAUAGAAGUCAAUGAUUUCUACCCAGAGAUGAUCUGAGAGCUCCCAAAAGUUGGUGUGUAUAAUUUACUACCACAAGAUAAUUCAAAUCAAUUAAGUGAUCAAUUUAUGCUCAGGUAAGCACAAAGCUUUGAAGAACAUUUGGCAGGAAAUCAUGAGGAGAUUAGUGUCUUUUGAUUUCAGAAUUCAUUGUCUAUGUCACAUGAUCAAAAACAGCACAUUUAAAAUAGCAAAUGUGAUGCAUCAGUAUGAGCUGGUCUGAGGGGUGCACAUGCAUUGCAUGCUUUUGAAUUACACAGAACUCUUCACCAGAAGUUAAUUGGAAUAAAACAUGUGGAUGUAUUUAUGCUGAUUUUCUUUCUAAUUUCAAAAUGAGAAAGAAUUGAUAUUUGUCACAAAGAGUUAUUUCUUACCAUGUAAAUUGGUAUGAAUAAAAGUAUUCCUCUGCCAAAUGGCUGAUGUGCAUCUAGGAACUGUAUAACAUUUCAGCAUUGUAAUGCUUUAGCAAGAAAUUAUGCAUGAUCAGCACAUCUAGCUAAACCCUCUCAAGGUUAUUCAGUUUACAGUGUCUGCUUGUAUAGUUUGCUCAACUUCACACUGCUAAGAAUCUUCUUCAGCAGCUCAUCAAAGAAACUGCAUUGAUAAAAGACAGAUAAGGAAAUUAAUAAAAUUACAUACUUCUGGCCAGUGACAAAAAAUACCUGAUUCCCAUCUCAAGAUUUCUGGUAAUCAUGUAUUGCUGAUAGAAUAGAAACUGCAAGGGAACAUUCCAGAUUAUAACUUUCAGGGCAUCAUUUAUAAAUGUCUUACUCAUUUGGUAAUAUUUUUAAUUAUUUUUCUAAACUUUCUUCAGAUAGCACCAUCUGCUAUAUUCUAGAGCAGAAAAUGGUACUCUCUGGUACAGAACACUCAAUCAUUGCUUUGUGUUGACUUAUGAUGAACUUUUCAUCAGCUGUUGGUUUGAAUAAAACUUAAAACCCUAACCCUAACUAAGGCUCCCACCAAAAGCUGGGUUUAUUCAUUAGGCCUUAUUUUAGGCAGAAAGUUGAUUGACAAGCUGCAGAGGCAGGGGAAAUACUGUCAGAGGGAGAGUACCAUUAUCCUGUCAUGAAAUAUUACCUUUCUGUCAAUGAAAACUUGACCUGAAUUGUUUAACUUAAUAUAAUUUAUUGUGAGUUACACAGUAGCCAGUCAAGGACAGUUUUAUGAACCUUUGCAUUCUGUCACAUAAUCUCCAUCAACUUCCUCCUCAUCAUCCUUUGUUUUCUGUGCCCAGCAGUGCUCAGCUGAUUUUUUUUUUCUCUUCAAAGAUUUUUCCUUCUUUGCUUUGUGUAUUGUCAGCCAAAACAGCGUCUUCCAUCCCAUUGUUGUUUGUGCAGUUUAGUGCUAAGCCGGUAGUACUAAAAGCAACACUAGGCAAAGGGUACACUGUUGUGCCAGAUGUUGUGCAAUCUUGCUGUCAUCCAUCACUUCAGAAUGUGCAUCUCUACCUAACCCACCAACAGUCUGCCUGCCAUUUGGAUGAUUAUGGAUCAGCACAAUCAUUGGAGCUGACCUAUGCAGCACUGAAGUAUCCAUUAUGCAGAACCAGUGUGCCUUGAACUGAAUACUUUUUUCGGUGUGAACUACUCUUUGUUUCUAGGAGGGCAACUAUGCCAGCAUAACAAUACACAGAAUUUGAUUUUCUUCUGAACUUGCUGUAUACUUUUCUAAAGGCAACAUGUGAAUAACUAGAUGUGUAGUUGCACCAGGAGUUGUUCAUUUAUAAAUGGCACAUGGAAUCUUGCAACUUAGCAUUAUUUCGCACAUGACAUUUUUAAAGGUGUUCCUGUAUGAUAGUUUAAGUGUACCUCGAAACAGUUUAAAUGUGAAUGCAGAAAACAUGCUCGCCGUCUUACCAGGGAGCUGUGAUUGGCUGCAGAAGGUAUUUGUCUUUACAUGAUGUGAAAACAGUGAGAAGUCUGAAAUAUCCCCCUCUUCCCACUUAGAUUCCAGAAGGAUUAAGUGGACAAACACCCUCUUUGUGGUUUUCACUAAUAUGAGGAAGCCUAAGUAUAUGUCCCAUUUUAAAAUGAAAGUCUUCAAACAGUAAAAUGUGUCACAUGAACUGUCCUAAAACAUUUCACAGCUGCUUUUAUAAGGUCAACAUUUGUUUUUAACUGCCUGUUAUCAUUCUGUAAUGUAAGUAUUGUCUGGAGGCCACAUUUCCCAAAGUAUGUGUUGUAAAUUCAUUCUCUUUUUAAAAAAUAAAUGUAAAAAUUGUAAAAACAA